CUCCCUGCGCGCUCUCGCGAGACUAUGACGUCACGCAUACGGAAAUGCAAACAAACAUGGCAGACGACGAGGAUGUGUUGUUUGAAGGGUUGCUAUACAGACUUAAGGUAUCUAAGAACAAAACAUUGCAUCGUCUACCUCCAGAGAGAUGGAAAUCAAAAUAUAUUAUCUUGUGCCGAGGUGAAAAGCUGGUAUUGAAAUGCUUUAGGAAGAAACCCAAGAUACGAAAACUCUCAAGCAGACACAAAGAAGUAGCUUUAUAUCCAUCAUUUAAGGUUGACAAGCUGAGUAACAUCAAUGGUCGAGCUUUUGCUGUCCAGAUCACUUCACCAGAUCAUCAGCUUUGCUUUUCAGCAGAUGAGCAGUCGACGAUCGACAUUUUUGUUUUCCUUCUUCAGAGUCAGGUGAUGCUGCGGGAGACCAUCAAAGAUGGUCUAUUCAAUGUUGAGCCAGAAGAAUCGGAAGCUUUCCGAAGAAUUGGUGCAAAGGGAGCUAAAUACUUGCUGCAUGUUUCGCCUUGGGGACUUUCUCUAGUGUUGCAGAGAAGUCGCUGUGUAUUAGCACAGUGGCCACUGAAGAGCAUACGUUUCUACGAGAGUUCAGGUGGUGGGCAGUUCACUAUUGAGGCAGGUAAAGUGGCCCCCAUGGGAGAAGGAGUCUUUGUGUUUCAUACACAGCCUGGAAUAGACAGUCAACUCUACAGUGCUGUUGACCACUUCAUCAUCAGCACAUUAGACAGAGUCAAGCCAAAUCAGCGUGGAACAGCAGAAGAAAUAGAGGACUACAUCCGUGAGCGAGACUGCCUACAGUCAGUCACUUUAUUGUCCCCAUCCCAGUUUGCCAGGUCAGAGCUGAAAAAAAUUCUACAAGACAACUGGAAUUACAUACUGCCAUCUGCAGGCAUUAACCGAAGUGGAAGUGAGAGUACAUCAGAUGAUGCAUCUUCUUUGGUGAGCCAGCUGUCACCUGUUAGCAUCAGCCACCCACCACCACUCAACCGACUGGUGUCAGACAACAGCUCUCGACCUCUCCCAUCCCCUAAAGCUUCCCAGACUCACACUUUUCAAAGGGAAGAGGGUAGACCUACUCAGAAAGGGGUCAGGAAGAUUAGCAAAGUCAUCCCCAACAAAUAGGAUGAUUCAGUGUUAGAGAGUCCCCCACAGUCUCCCGAGGCCAAUGAUGCACAGUUUCAUUUAAGCUCUCCUGAGGUAACUCUGAGGAGCAGGCCAGAUGGAGCUAGUCAUCAUCUGUCUGCAAGACAGUUGAGCCAAGAAAGCACUGCCAGUCAAAGCUCAGAUCUCUCCCCAGCUCAAUUUCAAGCCUCUAAUGCAGCUGCAGUCCUUGAGCGUCAAUCACAGCCUGUUGUGUUGCAUGGUGACCACGCAAAGAUUGAACAAUCAGUUGAGGAGUGGCUCGUGUCAGCCAGCUGUGAAGAUCUCAGUGAUCACAUGCGAACUGUAAUUUUUCGACCUCAGAGCAGUGGGCCACCUGUGAGCGACAAUAACAAGCCUGUUGCCUCUGCUGCAGACGGGGACAGUAAAGAGAUCAGGCUUGGUGGGAACAGUAGUUCCAAAAUCACUCCACCUCCAUUUGUGAACAUUCAACAGUAUCGCUCCAGUGUAGAGUGGGGUAAAGACAAAGUGCGGGACCGAAGUUAUUCUUUUGAUGCAAAAACUAAAAACAGCGUUGACACAUCUCGGCCUGUCACCCACGAUGGUCUGGGACAUAAGCCAUCCAUCAGACAGAUCCGUAAAAUGGUAGCUGCACGAUCAGUUACCAAGGAGAAUCUUCAAAAGUCACUAUCCAACCCAAGCUUUCUGAACCUUGGCAGCAAGGAACAGCUAAGUCAACACAGAAUUCAGCUCACCAAGACCUCCAGUCACAACAAAGAUGCAUCCAAACUCAGCAAUCAGAGCAAGAAGAAAAGUCGAUCUUUAGCAAGUCUUCUGCCUAGCCCUCUAAGACGCUACGUCAGCAAAGAGUCCAUAUCACGUCCUGCAUCAUCCUCGCCAUCCCCGAACCUCCGCCAGCACAGACGAGACUCAUCUGCUGGCAGAAGCAACUUUCAGAGGUUUGACAGUGCUCGGUCACUGCAAGAGAUGACCAUAAAAGGAAUCCAUUUCACAGAGCAAAGCCGCUCCUUUCGCAAACCCAAGUCAUCUGAUGCACGUGGUAACAGGGACAAAAAUGAUAAGAUGGUCAGUUAUGCUGUCAAAAAUCUUCUUGCACAAGAUGUUACCCUACCUCAGCUAACGAGUCUUCACAGUUCCAUGGAGCAUGAACAGAACUUGAGUGAGACAGAAAGACCUGUUGUCACAAACUGUGAUGUCCAACAGCCACAGUCCCUUAUCGACAGCAAGGUGCAGCAGCAGCAUACACAAGAACGCCAUGUACAAAAUGGUGUGCCGAGAUUAACAGGAAACACUUUGCAGACUUAUGUGCCUAGUCACAGCAUAGAUGAGUCAUUCUAGCUAAUCCUAGACAUCAAAAACCAACUUCAUUCUUAAACACUGCCGUUGUCUUUGUUUUUCUCUAUUUGAUGUGUUCUUUUUGCGCUUGCAUCGAUGAAGUGCAACUUUUUAUAUGUGGUGUCUGUGUAUUGAACAAAGAAACAUGCCCUCUAAUAAACAUUCAGGGCAAUAUACAGAAGAUUUUUAAAAAGGACUGAAAUUGCAAAACAGUUGCUGCAUGAUUGUGAUAUAACGGAAAAAUAUUUCAUCAUUUUUUUUCUGUUGCUAAAACAAAUGUUACCUUUUUGCUCAUUUUUUUUUUCGUUUAAUUUAUCAUAUUAUCAGUUUUUGGGAAGAGGAUUCUGUAUAGUUGUUAGCAGUGUUUUUGAAACAUUAUUUUUUUGUAACAUUUCAUUUUAAAGAAAAUCUUUAAUGCAAACUGUGGUGAACUGGAACAGAGUAAUGCUACUAGAUUUUUUAACACAGUGGCAAUGUAAACAAACUGCAAUGCUAAGUACUUUAAAUAAAAUGAAUAUAAAGUAUCAGAAAGUGAUUUUACUAACGAAAGUACUUUGUCAUAAUUCAAAUUAGUGUAUAGGAGUUGUAAAUAAGAGUUGUAAAUUUGUAAAAUGCGAUUCUCUCUGUCAACCAGCAUGAUGCUUAGUUUCCACUAAUCGUCGUUUUGAAUCGUUUUUACACUCUGGGACAAAUAGAGUCACCACUUCCCUACCAUAUGAGCAGUGUUGCAAAAUUUAAAACCAUCUUUCCUAUUUACAAUCUGCAGUUUUGUUUCAGUGCUAAAAUGUUUACCUUUCUUCGUCAUCUUUGCCAGUUGAACUGAUCUAAAUAAAAGCAGGCAACAGUUUUGAUGAAUUGUAAAGAUUACACAAAAUCUGUCAUAGUUCCUGUGCUGACUUAGAAUGUCUGACAUGUUUGAACAGACAGAUCUGCCAAAAAUAGGAAAGGUGUGCUUGUUUGGUAUCCACCAUUGCCAAAAAACUAAAAAUGUGAGUGGCACCCCUCUGUGCAUCAUUCAGUAUACAAUUAAAAAUAGAAAAUCUUAAGCAGCCUGCAGAUAUGCACAAAAAUAAUGUUUUCUCUAGAUGUAUUAUUGAUAAUUGAAACUGUAUUUUAUUGUGCAUUUUGGUGAUAACAGAGUCUGGUUUGCUCAAAGUUUAGUGUUUGUUUAUUGUUGCUAUUUCAAGAUCUAAUAUUGCUGACGUGUAUUUUGUUUCAAGAGGAGAAGACUAGUUCCAUCCAAUUUACAACCUACAUAUCAUUAGAGGUUUUGUUAUUAAUAUUUAUGAUAUUGAAAAAUCACAUUUUGGGUAGAUUUCGACAGUUUGAAACUUGCCCAUUCUGAACAUUAUCUAUUCAUAUGUUUAUAGUAAUGCUUCAGAAGAUGUUAACGGUCUUAAUAAUGAAAACUGUAAGUUUUGUAAUCUACUGGUCAUUUUUUUAUGAGUGUACAGCAAUUUAGUUUAUUGUGAAAAAUCUGUGAUCCUUGAGCAUGACAACUUAUGUGCACAUUAUAUCUGUGCUGGGCAUGUUUGUUGUUUGCAGAAUCUUAGUACACAGUAGUCUUCUGUAGCCACAAAUUAUUUUGAUUGGUUGUUAUUAUUCUUUGCUCUUCCAGUAAUUUUAAGAAGUCUUUAAAAUGUGUGAUGGAUUGAUGGAUGUGAAUAAUUGUUAAUUAGGCUCUUAUCUUGCCAUGUCAAUGACAACACUCAUGUAUAUAUAUGAAACCACAUUAGUAAUUUAAAUUAUGUCAAAGGCAUUUUUGUCAAAUAACUGAGUUACUGAAUUUAAAUUUAUCUGGGGCCAGCCAGUGUCCUCUUGUACAUGCAAGCUGUUACCUUAAUGCUGUUAAAAGAAAUCUCAAACUUUAAAGAUGAAGACUGCUUAUACAGAAUUCGUAAUGAAAAUAAAAAGGUAACACAAGCAUGUUAUAGUUUUGUAAAAUUUUGCAUUUUUAACAAAGUUCUUACACAUUUUUAGCAGGUAUUUUUUUAAGGUUAACAUAAUAUGUCAUUUAGGGAGAGGUGAUAGGCGUUUUUUGUUCUGCUGAAAUCAACCCUUGGAAAAUUGAACAGUUAAAUGAAUGCAUGUAUACCACUCUCAUCACAUGAAAAUACAUGUCAAAAGCAAUUGAAUGCAUGCUAAGGCUAUGCACACUGAGAAAAAUAUUUAUGAAGAAUAAAAAGUUGAGAUGAGAGUAAAAAGAUGAGCUAGUUUUAGAAAAUGUCUUAAAGCACUGGUUCUCAAAGUGUGCUCUGCACACAUAGACAGGUGAUCCAUGCCUGACAGUCAUCAUAUGUCAGGAAAAUGAUGUUUAAAUCGCCAGAUACAUGAAUUAUUUCAGUAUUGAUUUCACACGAGUUUUAAUUUGGUUGCAUCAAACGCUCAUUUACCAACUAAGUAUUUAUGUCACAGCACUAGCAUUGUGUCAUUGAAUUGAGUCAUUCAUUACCCCUUAGUAAUGCAGUGCACUUCCUUAUUUUUAAUUUUUAUGUGUACUUGCAAAGCAUGUUAACUUAUUACUAUACUACUAUCACAAAAGUACAUUUAGUUUUGAAUUGUAAUGAAACAAAUGCGGCAAUUUAAGUUUAAAAUUGACAGUACAGAGUGAUCUUAGUCCCUGGUGGUCCACGGUCCGAAAUACUUUGAGAACCACUGUUUCAAAGCAUCGACUUCAAAUGUUAAAGAAAAUUUCUGUAAUUAUUGAUGUCAAAAACCUAAAACAUGUUGAAAAAGAGAAAUGUAUCAGUGACAAAGUUCAAAUUGCAAAUAUAUAAAAUUAUGUGCAAUUUUAAAAUAGAAAUGCGUGAAAUUUUUUUUAUCCAUGCUGAUGAUGCUUAUGCUUUCUGCCAAGUCCUUGGAGCAGAGAAAGAGAGUAAUGAUGCAA